AUGGCUUUGCAAAAGGGCACAGGCCCUGACAAGAGGCUCUUUUUCAACAUGUUGAAGCUGCGGCGCACGGGAGUGCCAAAGAUGCCAUGGGAUACAGGUGUUGCUGCAGAGGUGUUCAAGAAGGGGCCCAUUAGUUUACCCAUGCCUUGGUUGUCCUUGCCUACGGUGGGAAAACGAGAGAGCUUGCAAGGGCUGGUACCCUCAGCUGAGCCGCCAGAGAGAACAGCGUCCAGGACGCCUUUUCACAAGAGGAGGCUGCUGAAAGUGAGGCUUGCUCAAACAGAUGACCAGUUGCGCGCAAAGGCUAUGCGACGGCUCAGGGACCUGAUCCUUGCAAUGCCGUCCCAUACACAACUUGGCCGGGCACUUUUGGACACAUCGGGACAGUUGACAGGAGAAGACAUGAUUUCAUGUGUUUUUGCCGAUGCUUUCAGGAGUAGGGCUACUGCAACACUUGUCAAACGGUCAUUAGACUAUUACAAGAUGGCUUUGUGGAUGAAUCAGCAUUUAGGUCUGCAACCAAUGCAACUGACUGAGAGCGUGGUGUAUCGGUAUUUGAGUUUCUUGAGGGAAACAAAUGCUGCCCCAACCUUAGCCGAUGCAACAGUCAAAGCAAUUUGGUUUAUGCACUCCACUGCCAACAUUGUUGAUUUCAAUCCAAAAGUUUUCACGUCACGCAUUGCAGGUGUGUGCAGGGACUUGUAUUUGAGGAAAAGGAUUCUGAGACAGGCUCCUCCUUUCCCGGCCGACGUUGUCCGAGCCCUGGAAGAGUACGCACUGCAUGCGGAGAACAGGGUGGAUUCAAUGUUUACAAAUUUCAUCCUCUUUUGCAUUUUCUCAAGUUGCCGCAUUGGGGAUGCUGCCAAGAUCAGGGAGGUAGAAUUUUCCAGAUACCACGACAUCUUUCUGGUGGAAGCUGCGACCUCAGAAGCAAAGAACACAAACACCAUGGAGAGACGCAGGAUGCUGCUGCCUUUUACAGCCAUUGGCUGGGGCCUUCAUCUCAAUCCAUGGUGCAUCAAGUGGGAAAUGCAGUUGAAGGCAAUGCAACCCGAGACAAUCAUGCCUGCUUUCUCGGAAGUUUCAGGGCAGUUUUUGAAACGACGUAUCACUACAGCUGAAGCCAACUUGUGGCUGCGAGAGGAGAACCGUGACCUUCUGCCGGAGCCGGAAGAGCCCCCACAGCCACCGGGUGAUUGGGCAGCAUCCGAGUCCGAUGUCUCAGAAGAGGAGAGUUUUGUGGAAGGCUGCAACUUUGUUGGGAACCAGUCAACACCAGCUAACACAGUGGCUGGACCAAAACUUGUGCAUCGAGACUCCUUGGUUGUUCAUGUCAAACGAGACAACCAGACCCUGUGGUGCGGCCGUAAGCUGUCACGAAACUAUCGGCAGUGGCAAGAGGGUGAUCCAGACCUGGCUCAGUUGCUGGUGUGCCAACAAUGCGACAAGACCGCAGUGGAAGCCUUACUGGGACGUGCUGUAACUCCUCAGGAGAUGGUUUUGUGCAGACGGCUAUACUUUGAAGGCCGAACUUAUGCAGCCUCGGACAUGCAGGCGAGGAUCGAUCGCUCAGCAGAUGAUAAACCGAGGGCCAUGCCACUUGCAGAGCGCAUGGCAAGGAUCGAGCGUCAAAAGGGCGACCUGGUAGGUGUCACAUGGACGGCUGAGUUGGAGCCAUCCCAUAAGUUGGUUGACAAAAUCGUAGCAAUGCAAGAGGAGGGAGCCUUAUUGUUUAUUCCACCACAUGCUUGCGUCAGCAGAGUUCAGGAGAUCCACCAGGAGAAGCAUGAAGUUGCCCUUACAUUUGAUUCAGGUGGCAACAUCCGCAUGGGUAAGAAGGCAGAGGAGCUCAAGUGCGACACCAAUGGCGAUCUCAACCUGCGAAACGCCUGGACAAGAAGGAAUUUAGCCUAUGAUCAAGCCGGCCUUGCAAGCUUCGUGGUUUUAGAAAAGUGGACAACAAAGUUGAUGCUGGCCAAGCUCAAGGAGCCACCAUCUGGAUACCGAUACAUCACCACACAGCAAAUCUGCGAGUGCGACAAGGAAAUGUGGCUACAACUCUCUCAGCUUUCCAGGGGGAGGUUGCAGCCAGCAGCACCUGAUAUAAGACCACUGGACGUGCUCAUCGAGCAGAUCACCACCUCACCUGAGGUUCUAUGCUUUUUGACACCACUGCCAAGUGCCAAACGCGAUGCCAGCGAUCAUGCAGACACCCCCAGGCCUAAAAAGCCCAAGCCUAGCCCGGGAGGACCAUCGGCACCAGCAAAGCCGACGCCCAAGACCUCCGAUCAGCGAAUGGCAGCCUGCAUUCUACAGAAACUUGCGUCGGGGCCCACCUUUCUGAACCUGAAGCAACUGCGCCUGGAUAGCCUGCAGGCGCAAGGAAGACAACACCGUGCACUGCAACAGCUGGUCCCUGACUUUGAGGCUUUCCAUUGGCUACCAGUGGAUGCUAAACCAGCUGCCAAUGAAAAGCCCUUGCCACCUAAAACAGCGGGGGAAGAACUUGAGGUGGCUGCAACAACGCAGUCUGAGGGAUGCGGCCUCAAGGUAGGAGUUUGGAUGGAACCGGAAGCUCACAUCGCAAGAGCGCUGCAGCUUUGUCACCCGAUGGAUACUACAAUUGUGCUGCCUGACCCUCUCAAGAAAACCCUGUUUUCCAUGCUCACCAAAGAACCGGCAGUGCUUGCCAGAGAGCGCCUGGAAAUGUUGAAGCUCUACAGAGACAGAGCGGCUGACCUGCGUGUUGCGGAAGCGGGGAGGAAAACAGAUGAGGCAUGCCAAAGAUGGCAUUUGAACUUUGGAGGUGACAUUGCUUUGCCGGCCGAGCUUUUUACUUCCAUCCUAGAUGGAGCACCAUUCCCUCAGCUUGCUUGGAAGGAACGUAGCGCACAAGGUCGUUAA